GGCGAGGCGGGCGCCGUAGCGGCGGCGGCGGCAGCGGCGGAGCGGAGCGGAGCGGGCCCGUGGGACCAUCCCGGCCCCGUGGGGUCAUCCCGGGCCCGGCGUAGGGCGCGAUGCAGCUGCGGCACGUGCGGACCCUGCUGGCCCCGCAGGACGGGACGGCGCGGGUCACCUGCAUGGCCUGGUCCGCCAGCAGUGCCCGUUUCGCCGUGUGCACGGCGGAGCGCGUGGUGCUGCUGUACGACGAGCAGGGCGAGCGGCGGGACAAGUUCUCCACCAAACCGGCGGACGCCAGGUACGGCAGGAAGAGCUACGUGGUCAAAGGCAUGGCCUUCUCCCCGGACUCCACCAAACUGGCCAUCGGGCAGACGGACAACAUUGUCUACGUGUACAGGAUCGGCGAGGAGUGGGGUGACAAGAAGGUGAUAUGCAACAAGUUCAUCCAAACGAGUGCUGUGACCUGCUUAUUGUGGCCAGCAGAGAAUGUCAUUGUCUUUGGUCUUGCUGAAGGAAAGGUUCGUUUAGCAAAUACAAAGAACAACAAGUCUUCCACCAUUUAUGGGACAGAUUCCUACGUGGUCUCACUGACUUCCAAUGUGUCGGGGCGGGGAAUCCUGUCUGGCCAUGCAGAUGGAACCAUAGUGCGCUUCUUCUUUGAUGAUGAGGGCUCAGGUGAAUCACAGGGUAAGUUGGCAGUGCAUCCCUGUCCUCCUUAUGCCCUCGCCUGGGCUUCCAACAGCAUAGUGGCUGCAGGCUGUGACAAGAAGAUUGUCGCUUAUGGGAAGGAAGGCAGCGUGAUUCAAACCUUUGACUACAGCCGGGACUCGUCAGAGAAGGAAUUCACCACAGCAGCCACCAGUCCCAGUGGCCAGUCCAUCGUUAUUGGCAGCUAUGACAGGUUACGGGUGCUGAACUGGAGCCCACGCCGCAGUGCCUGGGAGGAAGGCAAGCCCAAAGAAAUAGCUCACCUGUACACCAUCACAGCUUUGGCGUGGAAGAGGGAUGGCUCACGGAUCUGUGCGGGUACGUUGUGUGGAGGAGUUGAGCAGUUUGACUGCUGCCUUCGCAGAACCAUUUACAAAAAUAAAUUUGAAAUUACAUAUGUGGGACCAAGUCAGGCCAUCGUAAAGAACCUCUCAACAGGAACUCGACUUGUGUUGAAAUCCCAGUAUGGUUAUGAGAUUGAUGAGGUGAAGAUCUUGGGGAAGGACAGGUACCUGGUGGCCCAUACCUCAGACACGUUACUGCUGGGUGACAUCAGCUCCAACAAGCUCAGUGAGGUGGCCUGGAAGGGAUCUGGGGGGAAUGAGAAAUUCUUCUUUGACAAUGAGAACGUCUGCAUGAUUUUUAAUGCUGGAGAGCUGACACUAGUGGAAUAUGGAAGCAAUGACAUUCUGGGGUCUGUCCGCACAGAGUUUGUGAACCCUCAUCUGGUCAGUGUCCGUAUCAACGAGAGACAGCAGCGAGGCGUGGAUGAGAACAAGAAACUGGCUUACCUGAUAGACAUCAAGACUGUAGCAACAGUGGACCUUGUUGGUGGCUACAACGCUGGCAUGAUCAGCCAUGACAGCAAGAUCGAUUGGCUGGAGCUGAAUGAAACAGGCCACAAACUGCUCUUCAGGGACAAGAAGAUGAGGCUGCAGCUGUAUGACAUUGACAGCAGCACCAAGACGAGCAUUCUGAACUAUUGCUCCUACGUGCAGUGGGUCCCGGGCAGUGACGUGGUGGUUGCUCAGAACAGGAACAGUCUCUGCAUUUGGUACAACAUCGAUGCUCCAGAGCGAGUCACCAUGUUUCCUCUGAAGGGGGAUAUCGUAGGCUUGGAAAGGAGUGAUGGAAAGACUGAGGUGAUAGUAUCUGAAGGGGUGAACACUGUGUCCUACACCCUGGAUGAAGGCCUCAUAGAGUUUGGAACUGCCAUUGAUGAUGGGGAUUAUCACAGGGCUACUGCAUUUUUGGAGACACUGGAAAUGUCCACAGAGACUGAAGCCAUGUGGAAGACCCUCAGCAGACUGGCUUUGGAAGCAAGACAGCUGCACAUUGCAGAGAGGUGCUUUGCAGCUCUGGGAAACAUGGCAAAGGCUCGAUUUCUGCAUGAAACCAAUGUCAUUGCUGACCAGGCAGCUCAGGAGCAUGGUGGGGAUGGCACAGAGCAUUACCUGGUGCGGGCCCGCUUGGCCAUGCUGGACAAGAACUACAAGCUGGCAGAGAUGAUCUUCCUGGAGCAAAACGCCACAGAGGAGGCCAUGGACAUGUACCAGGAGCUGCACAUGUGGGAUGAAUGCAUCGUGGUGGCCAAGGCCAAGGGACACCCAAUGCUGGAGAAGCUGUGUCGGGGUUACUACCAGUGGCUGCUGGAUACCCAGCAGGAGGAGAAGGCUGGGGAGGUGCAGGAGGGCCAGGGUGACUACCUGGCAGCCAUCAGCUUGUACCUGCGGGCAGGGCUGCCAGCCAAGGCGGCACGGCUGGCCCUGGGCAGGGACGAGCUGCUCACCAGUGCAGAUGUCAUCGACAGGAUCUCCACGGCCCUGGUCAGAGGGGAGCUCUAUGAACAGGCUGGAGACCUGUUCGAGAGGGUUGGGAACCCACGGAAGGCUCUGGAGUGCUAUGCCAAGGGCAGUGCCUUCCUGAAAGCCGUGGAGCUGGCUCGCCUGGCGUUUCCUGCAGAGGUGGUGAAGCUGGAGGAGGCCUGGGGAGACCAUCUGGUGCAGCAGAAACAGCUGGAUGCUGCUAUUAACCAUUACAUCGAGGCCAGGUGCUCAGUUAAGGCCAUUGAGGCAGCUCUGGGAGCCCGGCAGUGGAAGAAGGCCAUCUACAUUUUGGACUUGCAGGACAGACAGACAGCAGCCAAAUACUACCUCAAGAUUGCCCAGCAUUAUGCAUCUUUACAGGAGUACCAGGUGAGAGCACAGAGCACAGUCCUGCUCCUGUGUCCCUUGGCUGUACUGAGAGUGUGCUUUUCCUGGCAGGUUGCAGAGGAGCUGUACACCAAAGGAGGCCAGAGCAAGGAUGCCAUCGACAUGUACACGCAGGCUGGGCUCUGGGAGCAGGCUCACAAGCUGGCUCUCAAGUGUAUGAGCCAGGAGGAUGUGAGUGUGCUGUACAUAACCCAGGCCCAGGAGAUGGAGAGACAGGGCAAGUACAAAGAAGCAGAGAGGCUGUAUAUCACUGUGAAUGAGCCUGAUUUGGCCAUCACCAUGUACAAGAAGUGUAAGAUGUAUGAUGAGAUGGUUUGCCUGGUAGCCAAGUACCACAAGGACUUACUUGGAGAUACUCACCUUCACCUGGGCAAGGAGCUGGAGGCAGAGGGGCGCCUGCAGGAGGCUGAGUACCACUACCUGGAAGCCAAGGACUGGAAGAGCACAGUGAACAUGUACAGAGUGAAUGACAUGUGGGAGGAAGCAUACAGGGUGGCCAAGGCACACGGGGGUGCAAACUCCCAUAAGCAUGUGGCCUAUCUGUGGGCAAAGAGCCUGGGUGGAGAGGCAGCUGUGAAACUCCUCAGCAAGUUUGGGCUUCUGGAGAUGGCCAUUGACCAUGCAACAGACACGGGGGUCUUUGAAUUUGCUUUUGAGCUGGCCCGCCUCUCCAUGAAGCAGAAGAUGCCAGACAUCCACCUGAAGUAUGCCAUGUUCCUGGAAGAUGAGGGCAAAUUUGAAGAGGCUGAAGGAGAGUUCAUUAAAGCUGGGAAGCCCAAGGAGGCUGUGCUGAUGUUUGUGCAUAACCAGAACUGGGACGCUGCACAGCGUGUGGCUGAGGCUCAUGACCCAGGCAGCGUGGCUGAUGUGCUUGUUGGACAGGCACAGUUUGCCUUUGAGCAGAGGGAGUUCCAGAAGGCAGAGGCCUUCCUGCUGCGAGCACAGAGACCUGAGCUGGCCAUAAAGUACUAUAAGGAGGCUGGCAUGUGGAGCGAGGCCCUGCGCAUCUGCAGGGAGUACCUGCCGGGUCGGCUGGGAGAGCUGCAGGAGGAGUGUGGCAGAGAGGCUGCCAGGAAAGGCUCCAGUGGAGCUGAGGGGCUGCUGGAGCAGGCCCGGCAGUGGGAGCAGUCGGGGGAGUACGCCAGGGCAGUGGACUGCUACCUGAAGGUGCGGGACCCCAGCAGCAGUGUCCUGGUGGAGAAGUGCUUACUGAAGGCUGCUGAGUUGGCUGUGAAAUUCUUGGAUCAGUCACAGAGCAUGGAAGUGACACGGACUGUGGCUCCUCAGCUGGUGGCCAUGAAGAAAUACAGUAUGGCAGCUGAGCUCUACCUGAACUUGGAUCUUGUCCGAGAAGCUGUUGAUGCCUUCAUUGAAGGGGAGGAGUGGAGCAAAGCCAAGCACGUGGCCAAGGAGUUUGACCCCAGGUCAGAGGAGUACGUGGACCAGCGUUAUAAGGAGUACUUGAAAAGACAAGGGAAGGUGGAUUCACUGGUGGGAAUUGAUGUCAUGGCAGCUCUGGACAUAUAUGCAAAGCAGGAGCAGUGGGAAAAGUGCCUGGAAGUCGCAGCUAAGCAGGGCUACCAGGUGCUGCACAAGUACGUGGCUCUGCACGCCACACAGCUCAUCUGUGGGGGCAGCUGGGACAGAGCCCUGCACCUGUACGUGCAGCACGGAGCCCCUGCCAGCCCCCAGAAUUUCAACAUUUACAAGCGUCUCUUUGUGGAGAUGGUGAAUGCUGCUGGCAUGAACUGUGCUGAGGCAUACUCCAGCUGGGCUGACCUGCGGGACAUGCUCCUCAGCCUGUGUGAAAACUUAGCGAAGUCCAGCGAGGCAAGCCCUGAGGCACGUGAGGAGUUUGAGAGGAUGCUGCUGAUCUCCCACUACUGCGCCACCCGCUCUGCUGCACAGGGCCUGCAGCAGCUGGACACCGUGGCUGCCCAGCUGUCCAUUUCCCUGCUGCGCCACACGGACCUGCUCCCUGCAGACAAGGCUUUCUACGAGGCUGGGAUGGCUGCCAGGGCAGUCAGCUGGGAGAACAUGGCAUUUGUGUUCCUGAACCGCUUCCUGGACCUCUCAGAUGCCAUUGAAGAAGGAAACCUGGAUUCCCUGGACCAUUCUGAUUUUCAGGGGACAGACAUUCCCUUUGAAGUGCCACUUCCAGCCCAUCAGCACGUGCCUGAGGAGCAGCGGGAGGAGGCGAGGGACUGGGUGCUGACCAUGUCCAUGGACCAGCGGCUGGAGCAGGCGCUGCCGCGGGACGAGCGCGGCGCCUUCGAAGCCUCCCUGGUGGCAGCGGGGACCGGGCUGCGCUCCCUGCCCUGCCUGCUGACAGGGUACCCAGUGCUGAGAAACACAAUUGAGUUGAGGCCAGGUCGAGAAGUGAAGAAGGAUGUGUGGUACAAAUUCGUGAUGGCUGUCAAGACAUCCCACAGCCCUGCAGGCCAGGAUGUGAUCGAGUUCCUCCGACGGUGGUGUGGGGGGCUCCCAAGCACCAGCCUCUCAUUCCAGUGAGCAGAACUGUGGCAGCUUUCAGCCUGUUCCUCAGCACCUUCCACAUCCAAUAAACAUGUUAUCUCA